GCGGGCGCGGGCGGGCUCCCAGUGGUGCCCGGAGCAACUGUGAAGGGGCAGCAGAUGGCAGAAAAGGAGGAUAUUUUAAUAAAUAUUCCCUAAAAUGCAGCCUUCUUCUGGUUGGUUUCUGCAGUAACUGCCUGCUCCACACUCGGACCCUCUCCCGCCCCGGUCCAGCCCUGUCCCCCGGGGCACCCCAUCAGGCCCCUCCAGGUCUGUGCGGAGGUCCCAUUGCUCGCUGCAUGACCUGUCCCUUCUCGCCGGUUCUGUUCCUCCUCAGCCGCUUGCCGAGCUCCUGCUCACCCUGCGAGACCCCAGUCCAAUGCCCCCUCCUCCGGAAAGCUGCCUCCGCCCGCGCGGCAUCCCUUCCCGGGCAUCCAUGCCCUCCCCGAGUGUGCGCGCGGCUGCUGCUUGCUCUGCGCGGUCUUCCAUCCCCAGAGCUGCAGACACCUCGCGGACAGACCCACGCCCCCAUCAGCCCAGUUUUCUCGCCCGGCCAGGGUGAGACGUGCUUCUGCUUCGUGGCCCAGUGCACACGUACCGUGUUCACACAACCCCGGAAGCCUCACGAAAGAGCACUUCUGAGCCACAGUCUGGUCCGUCCCCACGUGCCGCCCGGGGCCCAGGCUCGCAGUGAAUGCGCUUCACGAAUCGGGCCUCCGGUGCUCUGUUAUGACGUCAUCAAUUCCUCUCUGACCGGACAUGUGUGUCGGUGCCAGUUUUUUGCGCUUAUAGAUAAUCCUGCAGUGCACACCUGUUUCUUCCGGGCGGAUCGCCGGCAGGAUGACCACGGGAGGCUCCUGACCCGGGCCGCGGCAAGCCCCUGGGCCCACUCGCUGCAGCAGACAACCCAGGGCCGAGGUUCCGUGCUAGGGGCUCCCUGCCCGAGCUCCUGCCUUCACCACCCCUCAGCCGGUCUCCCUGGCACAGACGCGGUCUCCUGAGAACCGCUGGGGGAGUCGUGCCUCUUGUCAUUCCCCCAGCAAGCAGCGAAGAGCGCCCACUGCUCGGAGAGGGGCAGCUGACUCGUCCUCACCAGCGUGGG